GGCAGUGGAGCGCCGUGGCGCGGCGGCUGUGGUGAGGAGACGGAGCGCGGGGCUGAGCGAGCAGCCGGCGGAGAGGUCAUAGUCAUCACUGCUGUUAUGUCCUGGGUACAAGUUGCAGUCAGCCGAUCCAGUGAGGAUAUAUUUGAUGAAGAUGCAGAUGAGAUGUAUCUACUACAGAAAGAAUGGAACAGCGCCAUGAAAAAAAGAUUGAAGGAAGGCUAUAGGGAUGGAAUUGAGGCUGGGAAAGAACUUGCACUCCAGGAAGGCUUUAAUCAAGGUUACAGACACGGUGCUGAGCUGAUGGUUACAUGUGGCCAGUUCAGAGGAACCCUGAAUGCUCUCUUAUCCUGGUGUCAUUUUAAUGGACAUGAUUCUGCGUUAAGUAAGAUAAAUAAUCUUCUUGAUGUGGUUGGAAAGCAUGAAGAAGAUGUGCUUAAGUAUCUGAAUUCUGUUGAACAGCAGCCACAUCUCAGACACAUUUUAGAUUCUGUUCAGGACAUGGACCUUAAUCACACAGCACCAGCUGGGACAGAGUACAAUGAAGUUAAAGCCGGAAAACACGAAGACGUUGGCAGCUCUGGUGAAAACAUUUGUAGAAAUAAUGGUGAGGUUGGUUCCUUGCAGUCUAAGUGCAGCAAGGCAAAACUCUGUACAGAUCCUGAAAGGUCAACCCUUGCUUGGGUUAAAAAGCAGACUGUUUGGCUAGUAGAGCAACUGGGCUUAUCACCGGAUAUACUCCACCAUGUCCAGCAACUGGAACAUUAGUUUUUCUGUCUCAUGGUAUUUAAAAUUAUCUCCACUGGAUUUGAUUCUCAGUUUGUGGACCACGUACAGGCUGAUGCAUCACUUUGUUUUAGGGAAAUCUGAUUUUGAUGCUUCCCAGUAGAGGUAACUUCUGUAAAUCUUCACCAUGCUUUGGCUCCUGGCAAAACAACCCUUACUUCCAAUCUUAAAUGUAACUUACACAGAAAGGGGAAAUUACUUUUAAAGCUCUACAAUGAUUUACUAAACAUGUUUCUGUUCUGUGUCAGAAGCUAUCAUUUCACUCUCACUUUCUCUUUUGGCAGCAGUUUGGAAAUAGAGCAGGUCCCUUAAAUAGCCCUUCUGAAUAGGUCCCCUCUAAUAUCUAAAAAAUAAAUGCCCAGUGCUAUUGUUCUUGCAGAAUAAGCUGCUGUUGAUGAUGUGCUAACUCUAUGCAAAAUAGAGCAGGAUUUGCUGCUGAUUUCUAGAGUGCUGUGAGUCUCUCUAGUCACUAUAUAAAAUAUAGGAAUUUUUCACC